AUGGGUGAGAUGACCUCGACACAAUUUCAGCCCCAGAUCGAAGACUAUGGGUUGAUUGGGGAUAUGCGGACCUGUGCCUUGUCCGGGAAAAACGGCAGCAUUGAUUUCAUGUGCUGGCCCAAGUUUGACUCCCCUUCCAUUUUCUGCAGAAUCCUCGACACCAGCCGAGGCGGCGGUGGUCAUUGGAGUAUUUCCCCAAAGAGCAGUACCGUCUGCAAGCAAAACUACCGAGCUUCUUCCAACAUCCUACAGACCAAAUGGAUCGAUGAAGCUGGGGUCGUUGAUCUCACAGACUUCUUUGCCGUAUCGAAAUAUAACAAGAUCCUUCGAGAAGAAUGGAGUGGCUCCGUCCUGGUGAGAAAAUUGGAAUGUGUUCGAGGAUCCAUGUCCAUCAACAUCGACCUAUGUCCCCGUCCUGGCUAUGCCACCAAGAAAGGCACGAUGAAGGCUUCCAAGGUGACCAGCGGACCCGAAAUCCACCACCAGUCUCUUCGCUGGGUCGCAGAAGAAGAAGAAAACCUCUCCACCCAGGAAACCCCCGAGUUCUUUGCCACAUUCUGCACUCAUGGCCGGCCUCUCAGCAAUCCUCCAGAGAUGUUCCGAACCCAAGGUUCAGCCAGCGACAGGCUCCACGCCCGGUUCGAGCUACAAGAAGGUCAACAGGUCUUUAUGGUCAUGUGUAAUGGCCACGUCGCUCCACAUCUUACCAAGGACCUGGUAGCAAACCUCGAGUCUGAAACAUACAAGUUCUGGACCUCCUGGAUCAGGGCUUGUCUCUACCGUGGAAGAUUUCAGCAAGAAGUCGAGCGAAGCAUGCUCAUAUUGAAGCUGCUCACAUAUGAUCCCACCGGUGCUAUAGUCGCAGCACCGACCUUUUCUCUUCCUGAAGCGAUUGGUGGACCUCGGAACUGGGAUUACCGAUACAGCUGGGUACGGGAUUCAAGCUUCACAGUCUACGUCUUCCUCAAACUGGGCUUCCCCCGCGAAGCUGAAGCUUAUAUCAAUUUCAUCUUCGCACGCAUUGCUGAAUGGCGGCAAAUCGCUGAAAAAGCCACAACUCCUCAUCACCUACCCUUGAUGUUCAGCAUCGAUGGAUCUACCGAUCUCCCCGAACUCACAUUAGAUCAUCUCUCGGGCUAUCAAGACUCGACCCCCGUUCGCAUUGGGAAUGCAGCCACCGAUCAUAUCCAACUUGACAUUUACGGAGAACUCAUGGACAGCAUCUACUUGUACAACAAGCACGGCAAACCCAUUUCCUUUGCCCAGUGGAAGGACAUUCGAUAUCUCACCAAUUUUGUCUGCCAAGUCUGGAGUCAACCGGAUAUGUCUAUCUGGGAAGUCCGAGGCCAGAAACAACAUUUUGUUUAUUCCAAAAUGUUGCUCUGGGUUGCCGUGGAUCGAGCAAUUCGACUUUCGGAGAAACGGAACUUCCCCUGCCCCAACCGUCAAACCUGGAUGGAAACCCGCGACACCAUCUACGAGGAAGUCAUGGACCGAGGAUUUAAUUACGAGCUCAACACCUUCGUGCAGAGCUACGAAUCCCAAACCACACUCGAUUCUGCCGUUCUCAUCGCGCCACUCGUUUUCUUCAUGUCUCCCAACGACCCCCAAUUUUUAGGCACACUCGAUAAAAUCCUACAAAGCCCCGAAAAGGGGGGUUUGACUUCAGCUGGUUUCGUCUUUCGAUAUGAUCAUGAAAAGACCGAUGAUGGCGUCGGCGGUCGCGAAGGAACUUUCGUCAUGUGUACACUAUGGUUAGUGGAAGCGCUUGUGCGUGCGGGAAAAUAUUCGAAACAAUAUCUGGGGACAGCGAUCAAUAUGUUUGAGACGGUUACUAAUUUUCGUAAUCAUGUGGGCAUGUUGUCCGAGGAAAUUGCGCUUAGUGGCGCUCAGCUUGGGAAUACGCCGCAAGCUUUCAGUCAUUUGGCAUAUGUUUCUGCAGCGUUGAAUCUCGAUAGGGUUGAGAGGGGGGAUAGAUUUGGUAUGUGA